AUGGAGCAGCAGGAUCCUCAUGACGACCUCAGCCCCCUAGCCGAUCUAACCUCGGCUGCGCAAGAACGGCUGAGCUACGUGAGGGCCCAGGGAUCUCGACGACUAUCACGCCAGGCCGUUCUCAACAGGUCGCUGAGUUUUGGUCGCCCAAAUUUCGAGCCCGUCGUACCGUCGCCCUUGGGUCAGCCGAGUUGGAAUCAAGAGAGUGUGCCCUCGCCAGAGUCGCCGGUUGAGCAGAACAGCGACGAUGACGGACCGCGUCUCGAUCAAGGUUACGACAAGGAGCCAGUCGUAUUGCAUCCGGCCGGCCUAGAAAGAGUAUCUCCCGAGGUUUGGGCCCGUUGGUAUGUCGAGCAGAGAGAUGAUGGGUCAGCGCAGGCUGCCGGCGUUACGGAAAGGUCAGCGUCUCCGAUACAGUUGCUUUCAGAAUAUUCAGAUCCAGACUUUACAAAUACCUCUUUUCCAUUCUUCUCUCCACAGGAGCCUAUAGGGCCGCCUUCACGGUCACCUGCUGCCUCGAUAUCAUCCCGGCUGGAUUCACUGCCGUUGGAUGCCUCCAGUACCGAUCCGCCGCGACCCCCUUCACCGUCUACCGCCACGUCUAAUACCUCCGGCAGAUGGACAAGUAUUAACGCUCCAUCGACGUCCAUUGAGAGAGGUGCAUCUUUGGGGAAUAGUAUUCGGCGACCAGUUUCACCAGCGCUAGACGGCAGCUCAGCAGACCUAUCUUGGCUGUUGUAG